AGUAUUUAUUACAUUUAGAAUGUUUGAACUACAGCAAAUUCUUUUGUUCUCUACGUCGAUUUGCGUAAUUAGCUGUGGAAGUUACAAUGACCGCAGUACUAGUUUUUUAGAUGGCAUAACGAACUCAUUUAAGGAUAUGAGAGUACAAACCGUUUGGGCUGCUACGUGUUGGGACAAAAGUACUAACAAUGAAUUGCUCGCUAGACUGUCAAGCAAAGAUAUAUCGAUCACUUUUGAUGAACAAAACUUGGCGAUUGCCCACCAGACGCAUAAAACGUGGUAUAUAUCUGGGAUGCUGGUUGAUUUGGCAUGUGACGAUGCUUCAAGUUUACUCAAACAGGCAUCACGCGAACGUUUGUUUAACCUUCAGAAUGUCUGGUUUCUGUACAACCGCUACGGCAGUCCGAGCAAUAUUACAAGCACUUCGGAAGUUGCUCUGCAAGUGUUCAGAACGUACCUAGGUGAAGCGUACGUGUUGCCAGACUCCAGAGUUUAUCUACUAGUAAAGGUUGACGGUGACUUCUGGGAAGUAUGGGAUGGUUUUCGGGUGAGUGUUUCCGAAGAUAUUCGAGUGUCGAGGGUUGGCAUGAUGACACCGAAUCGAGUUGAAAUCAAACACUCCGACAGGACAAAUUUUCAGCGCGCAGUCCUUAAAGCGUCUACAGUGAUUCUCGAACCGAAAGAUUUUUUCGGGUUUGACAAACCUCCAAGAACUUUAAAUCUAGACGUGUUCGCUUAUAUGCACUACACCGUCUCCGUAAUACUAGCGGAACAGUUAAAUUUCACAUUGAAUUUGACUUUUUCUCCUGACUACGGAUGGAAUCACGGGAACGGAACGUACAGUGGCAUGAUAGGAUUACUGCAACGCGAAGAAAUUGAUUUCACGGCUGCCGGUAGUCUCAUGAGAGCGGAUAGGAUGGACGUAGGUGAUAUAACUGUUGGAACAUUUGUAGCCAGUACAAUCGCAAUUUAUAGACAACCUCCUCUGUCUACCGUUAAUAAUAUUUUUACACUGCCUUUCGCGCUCAACGUCUGGAUAGUGAUGGUGAUCAUGAUGAUUGCGUUCAUCGUAGCCCUGUUAUUUCUCAUAUGGACGUCGAACAGAUUGCGAGGUGAAAAAACGACACUUUCUACUACAUUGGAUACAGUAACCCUGGUCCUUGGCGCUAUUUGUCAACAAGGUCAAUCGACCAAUAUUCGAUCUUUGGCUGAGCGAGUAACUAUAUUCGUUCUGUUCCUGGCCACGGUAUUCUUGUUCACGUCUUACGCGGCCAACAUUGUCGUUUUGCUACAAUCCACCAGCAAAACAAUCAAGAGCAUCAGCGACUUGGCAAAUAAACCAAUAACGUUUAGCGUGCAGGACACUAAACACAUUUAUGUAUAUUUCAAUGAAACAAUGGAUGAAAAUAUUAAAAAAAUAUACACUGAAAAGAUGAAACCGCAAAUGAAAAAAGCAUUUACGAAUCCAGAGAUAGGAAUCGAACGAGUUCGUAAUGAAUUUCACUCAUUUUUGGGAGAAAUUACAUUGGCAUAUCAGAUAAUAGCUAGAAAAUGGAAAGAAAAUGAAAAAUGUAGUUUAUCUGAAUUAGAAUUAUUUAAAAUACCACUACUAACUUUAUACAUAGUGAAAAAGUCAGGAUAUAAGGACGUAUUCAAACAAAAAAUCAUUCAACAACAUGAAAUUGGCUUAAAACAUCGAAUAUCCAAGAAUACACUGCCGCAGAAACAAAAGUGUGAUUCGGCCAACUCGGUCGUACUACAUUUUGACAGCGUAUCUAUGAAAGAAAUCUAUCCGGCAUUAUUAUUUCUCAGUUACGGCAUAAGCAUUUCUAUGUUAUUAUUUUUAGUAGAGCACAUUUGUAAAUUUCACGCGAAUAAGCAGAAAAGGAACGCGAAUGAAAACAUUCAACAACGAGUAUUUCGACAUUACUUCUGACCAUCGCAA